AUGAUAGUUAAUAAAACAACUAAAGAUUAUUAUAUAGGUUCUGCUUCAACUAAUAGGCUUUAUGCUAGAUUCUGUAGCCAUGUUAUUUAUUUUAAAGGUAGCAAAAUAGUUAAAUUAGCUAUUAAAAAGUAUGAAUUAAAAAAUUUUGCUUUUAUUGUAUUAGAUUUAUAUCCUAAUGUUGUUACCAAAGAAAAUAACAAGGAAUUAAUGGAUUUAGAAGAUAAAUAUUUAAAAUUGUUAGUUCCUAAUUAUAAUAUUUUAACAGAAGCAGGUUCUAGUUUUGGUUAUAAACACACUGAAGUUGAUCGUCAAAAGAUGAAAGAUCUAUAUGAUGAUGCAAGACGGGUAAGAGUUGGUAGCCUAAAUAGAGGUAAAAAGCUUUCUUCUGAUACCAUAGAAAGGAUUAGAGAGAAAGCUUUAAUUAGACCACCCAUGUCUGAAGCAACUAAGAAUAAGUGUAUAACUAAUACAAGACCUGUUGUCUUGUAUAACUUGAAUAGAACUGUUUACGGUAAAUAUCCUACUAUUUUAGAAGCAGCUAAGGCUAUAAGCUGUGAUGAGAAGACCAUCAGAAGAGCCUUACAGACAGAAAAAAGGGUAGUUAAACGACAAUGGAUAGUAGAAGAUUUACAAGAUAAAUAG